AUGCAAUUUGGCAAGACUUUGGGCGAGGCUUAUGCCACAUUCGCCAUCACCAACAUCGACGGCCUCUUUGCCUUAAUCACCUUCUUUGCCGAAGCGACAACAAGCAGAGUUUUGACCCCGUGGAAAAUUGUCAUUGGGCAGUACAUCGGGUUCACCAUCAUCGUAUGCAUCAGCAUGAUCGGCUUCGGCCUCUCGCUCGUAUUGCCCUCCGAGCCUAUAGGGUUUCUUGGCCUGUUGCCCAUCCUUCUUGGCAUCUGGAAGUUUUUGAGUCUGUUUCUACUCCAAACAGAGGAAGAAACCGAAGUGUCUACAGCGGCUGGGGCAAAGGGCAUAUUCAAAGUUAGUUUGGUCACACUUAUGAAUGGAGGUGACAACAUUGGGACUUAUAUCCCACUGUUCUCACAGGCUCAGCGAGCAGAAAUCGCAGUAUACAUUGUAGUGUACUACAUUCUACUCGGCCUCUUAUGUUUGGGGUCACUCAUGGUCAUGAGACAGAAGCAUAUCCUGGCAUUGGUCCAGAAAUAUGUCCACUAUGUCAUCCCUCUCCUCUACACCGGUCUCGGCAUAUUCAUCAUCAUCAAGUCGGAAUGCUAUCCUUGGUCUAUCGAACAGAUCGAUAAGUCUGUCCCUACAGACCCAGGACCGGGCACCAUGGCCGGCGCGACAGUCUUCGUCAUUCUGGCGGCUUCAUGUGGAAUGGCCUGGUAUACUGUGGCGAAAAGAAAAAGUCCCACCUUGGGCCUGGAUAUCAACUUUGUUGCACCACCUGCCUCUAUUCUUGGCAGAGAAGUUACUGAGGGACUCCUUAGCUCAUCAGGCACAGCGCCACGCACGCCUGCCGACAUAGAUCUUGCUCCUGUCGAAGUCUUACCUGUCAACGUGGAAGACCUUUCUCGCGACACCAAAAAGUCUGCUUCCAGUUCUGAUAUUGAAAUUCGUUGA